AUGCCGACACAGUUUAUCCGAAACCGAAGCGCAUUCCCGCAAGGCACUCACAACGAUAUCGACGACUUUCAGUACCAAGAUCGUGAGUUGUUCAAAUUUGGCUUCCCAACAUGUCAUUUCAGAUUUUGGUGCUCAUCAGCUUCCAUCGACAGCUUCGGACUUUUCCGAUCCUACGACUCAACAACAGAACAAUUCGCCGCCGCCUGGAAAAUCCGCGAAUGAUCCGCUGGCCGGAGCGCUCCUCGGCCUUUCAGAGUAAAUUGCUCAGCUUAUCACACACUGCGCAAAAUGCUAAAUCUUUACAGUGUCAUCACGAAAUCCUUAAUUUCUCAUCCGUGCGCAGUGAUCCGACGUCAAUGCCAAGUCCAUCAAUUCGCUGGAUCUCUCCAUUUGACCCCUGUUACCCUGAUUCCUGUCAUUUGCAAUUCUGUCGCCAAAGAAGGAGUUCAAACUUUCUGGAAAGGAGCAAUUGGCUCCAGUGUGCUCUGGGGACUUGCCAACGUCACCGAGAUUGUACUCGGCGAUCUUCUCGGCUUGCCACGUACAUUUGUCGUCAACGGAAGCUCGGAAAAGUAUUGGAAACAUAUUGUGCUCAAAGGGUGAGAGAAAUGGAAUUUCAAAAAUUCCGAAAAAAAACCAUUAGUUUUCAGAACAACGUUUAUUAUAAUGACGCCAUUCUACGUCUCUUCGUUUAUCGAAACAGUACGAAGCGAGUCGGGAAUCGGAGGAGAAGACAAUAAAGUGCUAGAUGUGCUCGUGAAGGGCGUCGAUCGGAUGCGCUACUUCGUGUCCUCCGGUCGAGAUCCCUCACGAAAAUUCUCAAUAAUUCACCUAGCUAUUCCUACUGCUAGUUUCCAGUAAUUCCCGUCCCUCUUCACCAGCAGUUCUGAAACCUUUCCGUUCAGAGUCGGACACUACAUGCUCCAAACGGCCCUCUAUCAUCAAUUUUUCCGAAUGGCCAAACGAUACGUGAAUCGAAAAGCUCCGUCGGAAAAGACGACGUACCACGACUUUCUGCCCCAAAUGUUUGCUCAGACGUCAUCAAUGGUGCUCACUGACCUGAUUCUCUAUCCGUUCGAGACGAUUCUCCACAGAAUGUACAUUCAAGGCACUCGGACACUAAUUGAUAACAUGGAUACGGGACUGUCGGCUGUUUCCAUGACAGUCAAGUAUUCAGGCUUUUUCGAUUGUGUCAAGCAAGUGCUGGAAACCGAAGGAUUUUGGGCGUUGUACGCGGUGAGUGAAGCAAGCCCUAAAACAUUUUUUGAAAAUUGCUGCUAUCCUUAAUCUCGCUAAACAGCACUAAUAUUUGAGCAUACCCAACUUGAUUCCGUGCCUCUUCAAAACACGAAUUCACUAUUUUCAGGGAGUCGGGGCAGUUCUACUCGAGUAUUCCCUCCAUCAAGGACUCCAACAACUGGUCCGCGCGUGCUUCGACCGUGGCUCCGAGCUUCUCCGCAAAGCCACCCGAGGUCAUCCCGUUGUCCAAUCCUCUCAAAUCACUCCGCCAAUCUCUGCCAAAUCCAGCUUCAACGGCCCAAUUAGUGGCUCGUUCCCGCCGGCCGCGGCCGCUGCAAUGUCUCCGAUGAGCACGCCGCGAAAGCACGCAACACCUCCGAAAGAUCCGACAGAGUUUCCGACGUUUGGAGAGACCGUCAGUCAGCUGAGCAGUCCGUAUCAAAUGCCAUCAACUCAGUUCGGAAUGGGCGGCCGGCCCAACGUGUUCGGAAGUCCACCGAACAGGUAAAACAACGAAGGUGACUCUUCGUCUCUAAAGCAAACAAUAUCUAUACACGCUCUCCUCUUCUGACUCUCUUUUCAUAUCAUUUUUACGCCACAGUCCAAAAAUUUCCACGUUUCCCGCACGAAGAACCGGUUCUCUUCCGCGGCCGCGCGUGGUCACGCAAUUAUCGAUUUUCAUUGCAGAAGUCGCUCAUCUCACGAAACCUCAUCCUCCUCUCCAAAUCUUCCGCCCCUUCACCUCAACAUCCGCCCGUCGUCUGGUGACCCGUUCUCCGGAUAA